AUAUUUAUGAGUGAAUUUCUAAAACUAAGCAAAUAAUAAUGGAAUUCUCUGCUUCGUUGCUCCUUGUUUUAAAUGCGUAAUAUUGAAAGAGCGCUAAGAAAGGAGCGGGGAUUCCCACCCGACAGGAAACGCCUCUGGCAGGAAACCCAGUGCGCUGGUUUUCUACUCCGUUCACAUACAUUCGUAGAGAAGAAACUCGCACGAAAGCAACAGCAACAAGAAACCACAAAGUGGAAGAAGCCAAAGGAAAAAACAUUGUUUCCUUUCGAACAACAAAAGCGUUGCCAGAACAACGACAGACAGUGACAGUAAAUAAAUAAAUAAACAGUUUUGUCAGUCGAGUUUGCGGGGGUGCGCGUUCACAGACACACAAGAACAAAAAAUUAACAACAACAACAACGAACAGCGGCAGCGGAAACUGUAAUUAAUAAUUAGCAGAAAGUGCCGGAACUAAGGAGUCUGUGUGAAUAUCGUCGAGGGGGAGACACUCUGUUCGAAACGUAUUAAAUCCCGCCGCCCCCGUACAUUAGAAUUCAUUGGGUGCAAGCGAGAAGGGUAUAUAUAUAGAGAGAGAGAGAGUAGGAGUGAGGAGAGCGCGCGCGUUUUUUGAUGUGGUUUUCAUCGGAGUGAUUCAUUCGAAAACGCACUCGAAGCACACGGGCGCGAUUCAUUGCACGAGAGUUUUUCGCGAGUAUAGUUUUAUAGAUCUCAUCAUCUCGCAUAUAUAUCGCUGCAUCAUCUAUUCAAUUGCUCCGAGAUGGAAUUCCGCUUCAACGUGAACGAGAUCUUCAAGCAGCCCAUCGUCCAGGUGGGACACACUCUCAUCCCUCAGGGCUUCAAAGGGGACCGCAGAGCGCUAUGGGAUACUUUGAGCAAAGUAACGGACAUAGUGAACGCGAUGGGCUCGGCCUCUGCAACUGCCCAAGGUUUGACCAAACCCAUAACCAGUGCGGACAGACUGCGUAACUCCGAAAACCAGAACCUUUACCUGCUCAUCGAGCCCAACGCAUGCAACGGUAAAGGGGCCGUGACUGGACUGCUGAAGACCGGACAGAAGGGCCUCUACGUCUUCGAUAGGGACGGCCACCAUUACCACGUGCAGGCGCCAUGCAUCCUCGACUUUUACGUGCAUGAGUCAAGGCAAAGGACCGGCUUCGGGAAAACCCUAUUCGAGCACAUGCUCCAGAAAGAGACUGUGCAUCCGGAGAAAUUGGCGAUCGACAGGCCUAGCGACAAAUUUCUUGGUUUCUUGAAGAAGCACUACAGCCUCGUCGAUCCGAUCAAGCAGAUGAACAAUUACGUCGUCUACGACGGAUUCUUCCCGAGCGUUAAAGAGAUGGAGGCAACCAAUAACAACAGCAAUUCACCAAAUAAAAACAUGCGAGGAGCGAACGGACUGCAAGCGCAGAUUGUAACAUCACCUUACGGCCGUUACGGAGCACCGAGACCGGCGUGCAGCAUGGGACAGAUAAUACAUAACCAAUCGUCGGCUGUUGCGGCGCAGGAACCUACAGGUGAGUCUCAAGAAACGCCGCAACAUCAACCUCAGCAGGAUGAGGCGAAAGCCCUGGAGGCUCCGCCGCUCCAUCCGAAACUGGACCGCCCGCAAACGUUGUCUCUGCAAACUAGCACCGACGAAGGCAUGAACAAUAUUAAAAACGACGUGCGACACGAAGUGGAAGAAGUCGAGGAGACGCUGAAGAUUGAGGUGGUACCCAAAAUCGUGGACGAGCUGGACAAAUUGCACAUUUCCCGUGAAAAGGAGGCGGGCGAACAUUCUAGUGACACGCCCCAGAAGAAGGCCACGCCCAGUCAUCUCACUGACCAGGGCUUCUUCGACUUGAAAUUUUACCACAACAAACUGUGGUAAAACUAGCAUUUGGGUUGGGAAAUUAUUAUUUUUUUUUAUUUUUAUUUUUUUGUUUCAUUGUGCAAUGCUAAUUGUUGUGAUUAUUUUACAGAAGGUACCUUUUACAUACGUUUUUUUUUUACAUAAUGUGUACUUAUUUAUUAUAACGAGAAUAUAUAAUGGAAAGAGAUGAAUAAGAAGGAUACAUAAUUUAUUUUAGCACAAUUCUAGUUUAUUUAGUCGUUCGGUUUAUUUAGCGUUAGAGUCUGUUACCACUUAGUUUAUUUAUUUAUUUCUUGAUGGAAAUAUAUUUAUUCAAGUGCAUAGCUGAUAGCUUUAAACGAUUACUAAGUGUUAAAUUUUUAGUUGGCACGUUUUUAUACCUUGAUA